GUCUUUGGAGAGAGAAGCUGUUGCCCUUUUUGGGGGAGAACCAUGACAGUAGUGCCCAGAGAGAACCACGAUGAGACCGUGGCACUAACCGCCCUGUCCCAAGAUGUGUUCGACCCGGCGGACCAGCGGACGGACCAGGACUGCUGCGAGCGCGUGGUCAUCAACGUCUCCGGGCUGCUCUUUGAAACCCAGCUGAAAACGCUCGCUCAGUUCCCCACCACUUUACUGGGGGACCCGAGGAAGAGAAUGCGCUUCUUUGACCCUCUGAGGAACGAAUACUUCUUCGACAGGAACCGACCCAGUUUCGACGCCAUCCUCUACUAUUACCAGUCUGGCGGCCGCCUCAGGAGACCAGUCAACGUCCCCUUGGACAUAUUUAUGGAGGAGAUCAAAUUUUACCAAUUGGGAGAAGAUGUGAUCGAGAAUUUUAAGGAGGAUGAGGGAUUUAUAAAAGAAGAGGAGAGACCGUUGCCGGAAAAUGAGUUUCAACGACAGGUCUGGUUGCUGUUUGAAUACCCGGAGAGUUCUGGACCCGCCAGAGGGAUUGCUAUUGUCUCUGUUCUGGUGAUUUUAAUAUCUAUUGUCAUCUUCUGUUUGGAGACGCUGCCUGAGUUUAGGGAUGAAAAAGAGAAAAACUGGGACGCCGAGCCGUCGUUGAAUGGAACUAACAGCUCUAAGAAGCCCAAUCCUUUCACAGAUCCUUUCUUCAUAGUGGAGACCCUGUGUAUCAUCUGGUUCUCCUUCGAGCUCUUCGUCAGGUUCCUCGCCUGCCCCUCCAAGCCUGCUUUUUUCAAAAACAUGAUGAACACCAUCGACAUUGUGGCCAUUAUGCCCUAUUUCAUCACCCUGGGCUUGGAGCUGGCGGAGCACCAAGGAAACGGACAGCAAGCCAUGUCUCUGGCCAUCCUCAGGGUCAUCCGGCUGGUCAGGGUGUUUAGGAUCUUCAAGCUGUCCAGACACUCCAAGGGGCUUCAGAUAUUGGGACAAACUCUCAAAGCCAGUAUGAGAGAGUUGGGGUUGCUCAUCUUCUUCCUCUUCAUCGGAGUCAUCCUCUUCUCCAGCGCAGUCUACUUCGCCGAAACCGACGAUCCAGACUCCGGCUUCAGCUCGAUCCCCGACGCGUUCUGGUGGGCUGUGGUCUCCAUGACUACCGUUGGCUACGGGGACAUGUGCCCGGUGACCAUAGGAGGCAAGAUCGUGGGCUCUCUGUGCGCCAUAGCCGGUGUGCUCACCAUCGCGUUACCGGUCCCCGUCAUCGUGUCCAACUUCAACUACUUCUAUCACCGGGAGACUGAGCACGAGGAGCAGUUCCAAUACACCCAUGUGACGUGUGGCCAGCAGCAACAACCGUCUUUUGGUGAAUUAAAGAACAGUGACAGCCAACCAUCGCUUUCCAAAUCGGACUUCAUAGCCACGGAGGACGCCGACUCUAUCAAACAUACCAACUGCAGCCCACACAAAGCGCACUGCAGCCCACACAAAGCGUACACGGGGAAACUCACUAAUGUAUGAUUGUAGAGCAAACAGAAAAUACCCAGCAAUGGAAAAACAGGCAUAGCCUAGAAGAUAUUCAGAGAAACCAUGCGUUUCUUUCUGUGAGUAGCAUACACCCCCAAUUCUGCGCUCUGACUAGAGUAACGUUUGACUCUCUCUUAUUUCCGGUGUAUCUGUAUCUGCUGAAGGAAUUAUUUUAAUAGAUUAAUCAAAACGGUGGAUUAAUCAAAACGUGACGCCUGAUCUCACCUGAAAACAGU